AUGUCCGAAAAGAUGUCCGAGAAAUUUGAUAUUUCUGGGUCUGAUCUCCUGGACAUGGAUUGUACAAAGUUCAUUGAUCGAGUAGUUGUGCAAGGCGUAGUGGAGGCAAUCAAGGUGGAUGGCGAAUGGCUUGAAGAGAUCAACAGAUUGGUCGAGGUUAGAAGGUCCUGGCUUCCCGUCCAUUAUGAUGGGAACCUUGAGGCCCAAAGGGUGGAUCCCCAAGGGGACCAGACUCGCGUACUUUUGUCUUUAAUCGAUAAUACUCGUGAGAAAUUGAGUGAAUCAUACGAUGAUAGCAUGAAAUUCACUGAGCACUGGGACGAUUGCAUGAAAGCGGUCAUCAAAAUGGAAUUCGAAAACAAUUUUUCUGACAAGAUUAAUCAAGUCAGUAAUCCCCAAUACCGUGAAUAAUUCUAAUGAAUAUGCAGAUUAUUGACGGCGUGGAUAAACGCAUGGGCACUUCCGGCACUUCCUCGUCAAGAAAUGUUACCGAACCCCCCCCUGGCUCGGUGGGAGCACUUUUAGAGGAUAACGAGACGUCUAUUCAAGAGACUCCCCAAUACGAGAAGGGAUCAAAAGAGAGUGAUUCAAAAUUGGAUGAGGAGUACUUGCUCUACGAUACCGACGACUCCGGGGCCAGAGGAAGAUGA